UAUCAUUUUUGUUUUCAUUGGGUUUCAUGACAAAGCAAUACGUUUUCACUCGGAAAUAAGUGCAAAAUACUGAUAAAACACCUGUGAAAUGGAGUUUCCUACAUUAGGCGAACAUUGCAUGUUCCAAAACUGCAAUCAGAUUGAUUUUCUACCGUUACAAUGUAAAUGUGGAAAGGUUUUUUGUCGUGAACAUUUUACUGAGCACAGCUUGUCGGGAGAGUGUAAGUUAGCGCCCGAACCGAAGGAAAUAAAGCUGAAGAGCGAUGAUCAGAUAUUCCGUUGCUCGUCAAAAGGCUGUCGGAAGGGUAGCUUGCACGAAAUAUUGUGUCCGAAGUGUCAAAAACAUUUCUGUAUUGAACACCGAUUUCAUCCGUCAUGCCCAGAAAUUGAUGAUGAAACAAUGGCAGCUAAAAUAGAACAGCUGGAAGCCCCAAGACGUCAGUUCCAUCAGGCAAACAAGCAUUUGCAAGAGAAGAUAACAGAAAACAUAAGAAAAGCACUUCAAUCUACAGCAAAAGUGAAAACAGCCUCAAAAAUCCAUCUUAUGAGAAUAAAACAAAAGGCAAAAGGUCCUAAAUCUAUCCCUGCAUCAGAUCGGGUCUACUUUGCUAUUGGAAAACCAAAAAACAUGGAAGCCAAGUCUAUCAAAAUCAUUGAAGAUGUGGAUAAACUAGUGGCCUUAGAAUCUGUGACCUUAGAUCCUGAUUUAAAGGAUUCUGUGCCUGUAUUUAUAAGCUCAAAAUGGAGUUUAGGCAGGGCAAUAGACAGUAUUUGUGACACUUGUGACAUUAAGAAUGAAAAUAACAAGAUGAGUGAUGUGAAACUCAGGCUGUUUCGACAGUUGGACGGAUACUGCAUCAGUCCUCAGAAGAUGGAUGUGGAGAUGGGAGAGCUGAUGAAGCAGGAGGUGUUGCUGGAAGGUGACAAGUUAGUGGUAGAGUACAUUGAUGGUAAAGUGUUAAGCGGUAUUUCAGAAAAUGCUCAGAUUUUCUUAAGUUGAUGUAAGUAUCAAAAAAAUUAGUAAAAACUUUGAAAACACUUGUAA